GAUCGGUCCUGCUGUAUUGGCUGGCCUAGCUUUGCUUCUAGGUGUGUUGCCGAUCACAGCUAGGAUUGCCAAGCACAUGCGACGAUUGAGUGGGGAGAAGAUGAAAGCUGCUGACGUUAAGGCUUGCCGUACUGGUAAUUCCUCUCUUCAAGAAGCAUGAUCUCCUAUUGUAAAUACGUGUUCAAGGGAAAUAUUAGAGCACGUCGGAGAUGACAUCCUUCCGAGAUCAAUUUGAAUCUACUAGGCCGCAUCUAAUGAUGAGCGCGUAAGCUACAUCUCCGAAGUGAUUGAUGGUAUGAAAGUCGUCAAAAGUGCAGCAUGGGAAACAGCUAUGCUAGAGGAAGUAGAACGAAAGCGAUCAGUGGAACUCGAUAAACUCCUUUCGUUUGCGAUCUAUAAUUAUGGCUCGACCUAAUUCAUUUCCAACGGUCAAGGUCAUCUUCUUCGGUUUUCUUAUUGAAAUUCCGAAGAAAUUGAAAUGAAGACAAGAAAUAAAUUGCUUUGCGCUCUAAUAUGGAGCUAUUGCUGCACCUAUCGCCAUCACUGUGCCAACCAUGGCCUCCGUUGCUAUUUUUCUCGCCUAUGCAACGUACUCAGAUAGCGUCAGUGCGAGCGACGCGUUUCCGGUGGUGGCGAUGCUGGCAGUUAUCAGACCCGCGUUUGUAACGUUGCCUUUGGGCUUGAGCUUGUUUGUGCAAGUCUUGGCGAGUUUGAGAAGGUACGACACGUUCUUGAUGAGGGAGAAGAUUAGUGAUACUGCUUUUUCCGGAGAGGUUGGAGAAGAUGAAGACGGGCAGACCACGGAGAGUAACUACAGACAUCUUGCUGAUGAGAAACAACAGAACAUUGUUCUCAAUGGUUCUUUCAGUUGGCACACGAAAAAUGAGGAAGAACAAGAAGUAGUUGCGCAAGAGCAUGACUCUAUUCCAGAUCCCGGUGCCGCGUCGCCAAGUAAAGCUGCAGAUGCAGCUGAGGUCAACUCCCCAGCGUCACCAAGUGCAAGCUCCGUCGCCUCUCAGGCUUACCAACUCCAGUGUUCGAACAUCAACAUUCAAAUUGGC